AUGGUCAAAAAGAGAGUCAGAGACCCAGAGGUCCUUGCCGACGCACCACCGGCUCAAGUGGAGGGUGAUGACAGCGGGAGUGACGAUGACGUUGACAUGGUCAAUGUGGAGUUUGAAUGGUUCAAUUUCAAGCCCGACGUCGAUUUCCACGGCCUCAAAAGUCUCCUGCGCCAACUCCUCGAUGUGGAUUCCCAGCUCUUCGACCUCUCCGCGCUCGCAGAUCUCAUUCUCUCGCAGGCCACGCUCGGCUCCACAGUCAAGGUUGAUGGUGAGGAUACAGAUGCCUACGCCUUCCUUACAAUCCUCAACUUGCACGAGCACCGAGAAAAAAAGGUCGUUAGGGAUCUAGCGCAGUAUAUUGCCGAGAAGUCCAAGUCGAAUGAAGCGCUCGCAGCGCUGAGCAGCGUCCUCGCCUCGCCCGCCUCACAGGUCGGUCUCGUGCUCGCGGAACGCAUGAUCAACGUGCCGUCUGAAGUGGCACCGCCCAUGUACGCGAUGCUCAUAGACGAGAUCGAAGCAGCGGUGGAGGAUAAAGAGCCGUACGAGUUCACGCACUACCUGAUCCUCUCGAAAACAUACAACGAGAUCGAGUCUGCGCUGGACCAGGAAGAGGCGCCGCGGACGAAGAAGAGCAAGAGCCAGGGCGGGAAGAAGGGGGGGGAGACGUUUUACUUUCAUCCCGAGGAUGAGGUGCUGCAGCGCCAUGCGCUGGCUGCGGGGGCGUUUGAGUAUACGAGGGAUGAGGGGGAGGGCAUGGCGGAUAGUAAGAGGGCGUUUCAGGAAAUGGGGAUUAAGGCACAGGGAUCUUUGAUGUUGAUUGAGACGAGCAGGUUUGAGGGGGCUGUUAAAGCUAUUGGCGAGUACCUUAGCCCUCCGCAAUAA